AUGUAUGAUAUACACAAAGAAUAUUAUUUCUCUUUUCUCUUAUUGGUGUGUCUUCCACUGACCAUGUUAAGGUUCAACAACACUACCUCCUCCUCCUCCAACUUCCUCCUCACUGCUUUCCCCGGACUGGAACUUGUUCAUAUCUGGAUCUCCAUUCCUGUCUGCUGCCUCUACACCAUUGCCCUCUUGGGAAACAGCAUGAUCCUGAUCAUCAUUAUUACCAAGCGGAGUCUGCACAAACCCAUGUACUAUUUCCUCUCCAUGCUCUCAGCUGUUGACCUGUGUCUGACCAUCACAACCCUUCCCACUGUGCUUGGGGUUCUCUGGUUUCAUGCCCGGGAAAUCAGCAUUAAAGCUUGUCUCAUCCAAAUGUUCUUGCUGCACACCUUCUCCUUCCUGGAGUCGUCAGUGUUGGUAGCCAUGGCCUUUGACCGCUUCAUGGCUAUCUGUAACCCACUGAGGUACGCUGUUGUCCUCACAGAUACGAUGAGCCUGGUGAUCGCACUAACCGUGUGCACGCGGCAAGUAAUUUUUUCUUUCCCCUCUGUCAUAGCCUUGAUCAAAGAGUCUUUCCACGGAGGUCAAGAGCUUUCCCACCCAUUUUGCUACCACCCGGAUGUGAUCAAAUUCACAUAUUCCAAAUCUUGGGUCAGCAAUUUUACAGGGAUGUUUCUUCAGCUCUACCUGAAUGGCACUGACUUACUGUUCAUUCUUUUCUCCUAUAUCUUGAUUCUCCGAACUGUUCUGAGCAUCGUGACCCCAAAGAAGCAACAAAAAGCCCUCAGCACUUGCGUCUGUCACAUCUGUGCUGUUACAGUUUUCUAUGUGCCAAUGAUCAGCCUGUCUUUAGCCCACCGUCUUUUCAGUUCUACUCCAAGGGUGAUUUGUAGUACUUUGGCCAAUAUUUAUCUGCUCUUACCACCUGUACUGAACCCCAUCAUUUACAGCUUGAAGACCAAAGUGAUCCACCAGGCAGUGACCCAGCUGUUCCAGUUCAAAAGGUUGAGGGGCAUCAGAAUGAGAGGACUUGGGAUAUGUCAUUGGUGUUAUACAAACAUUCCAAAUUGCAUGGAAGAAGUCACUAUUCUAAAAUUAGAAAAAACCAGAGCAGUGAUUAACAUAGGAAGCAGUGCAAUUGGAAGUAAAUUUCAGUUUUCCAGUCUCCAGGUCAAGCACUACAGCCAAAAUCUUUCCUGGUUUUGUGCACUUUGUGGGAAGUCUUUGUAA